AUGGAAAAAAAGAAGUUCGCUGUUAUCGGGGGAGGUUGGUCUGGUAUAUAUGGCUUGAAGUACCUGUUGGAAGAACAGCUGGAUGCCCGACUCUAUGAACGUGAACCGAAUCUUGGUGGAGUAUGGCUCUACAAAGACGCACCAGGUAGUGUCUAUCAAUCGACACAUGUUACGUCAUCGAAAACGUUCCUACACCCCUCAGACUUUCCGAUGGCCAAAGAGAUUCCUCAUUUUCCAAAGCAUGAUCAAGUACUUGCUCAUUUAAACUCGUAUGCUGAUCAAUAUAUGGGUUAG